AUGGCAAAACGACAUACUAAAGCAGCUGAGAAACUUGCUCGUAUUCUCAUGGGUCCUGGUGCUUUUAAACUUCCAUCAGAUAUUCAUGGCUUAACCUUAUUUAUGGCUUUUAAAAAUAAAGAUGGGCAUAUGGGACCCAGAAAAUUUUGGAAGGAUUAUCUGCCAAGUAUUCAGUUUCAUAAUCCAUAUUUGCAUAUUCAAGUUUGUCGGAGUCAUAAGGAAAAAGAAGCAAAGUUAAAGAUCCACCAGAAAUCGGGUGACAUAGAGCUUGAUAUGAAGCAUAAACAUGCGUUAGAUAUCUGUCGAGAGUUUAUAGAGAAAACAAAAGCAGUAGCAGUAGGAAAAGAAGAAAUGAAUGAAUUUAUAGAAAAGAGCAAUUUGAAAGGUUGA